AUGGCGGUGCUGCUGGAGAGCAUCAGAGGGUGGCACGGUCUAAGUAUCCGCGGGGCUCAGGAGGAGGACUCGCCCGAUCCACAGCUGAUGCGUCUUGACAACAUGCUUCUGGCAGAGGGCGUGUCAGGACCGGAGAAGGGCGGAGGAUCGGCGGCGGCGGCAGCGGCAGCAGCAGCAACCGGCAGUCCCACUGACAACUCCAUCGAGCACUCUGACUACAGGGCCAAACUCUCCCAGAUCAGACAGAUCUACCAUACCGAGCUGGAGAAAUAUGAGCAGGCAUGUAACGAGUUCACUACCCACGUCAUGAAUCUGUUGAGGGAGCAGUCUCGCACACGGCCCAUCUCGCCCAAAGAGAUCGAGCGCAUGGUCAGCAUCAUCCAUCGCAAAUUCAGCUCCAUCCAAAUGCAGCUUAAACAGAGCACCUGUGAGGCCGUCAUGAUCUUGAGGUCCCGCUUCCUCGAUGCCAGACGGAAACGGCGGAACUUCAGCAAGCAGGCGACCGAAAUCCUGAACGAGUAUUUUUACUCGCAUCUUAGUAACCCUUACCCCAGCGAAGAGGCCAAAGAGGAGCUGGCUAAGAAGUGCAGCAUAACAGUAUCCCAGGGGGUGGGAACCACCAUCACAGUGGCACAGGUAUCCAACUGGUUCGGCAACAAGAGGAUCCGCUACAAAAAAAACAUUGGCAAGUUCCAAGAGGAGGCCAACCUGUAUGCCGCUAAGACAGCCGUGACUGCCGCGCACGCAGUAGCUGCCGCCGUCCGUCCUAGUCAGACCAACUCACCCACCACACCCAACUCCGGUAAGCUUGCACUGAUCCCGGACGAGCCCCUAAAAACCAACCAGCCAUCCCCUAUCCCAGCUUGGUCCCUUCUGAACCUCUGCUCCCUCUGGCAUGCCGGUUGGCUGCUGUGA